UAAAUAAUUUUUUUUUCUUCUUUUGUAUGAACGUUUAAUCAUUGAAUUAUAAAUAAUCUUUAAUUUUUGUUUUUUUCCAACUACACUUGCAGUUAAUGAAUCAGUCAACAAAUUAUGCCGAUUAUGAAUCAUGGCACACAGAUAUGGAUUCAUCUGGUGGCGGUUUAGAUCAUUCAGCCGAUUCAAACUUAUCAUCUAGUGAUAAUGAUCGUAUCAACUCAUCACCCGAUAAUCUAUUAAAGGGCACAAGUACGAGUGCAAAUAAAUUUAAUUACACUGGACAUCGUCGUUGUCGUGCUUUAUACGAUUGUUCGGCAGACAAUGAUGAUGAAUUGGAAUUUAAAGAAGGCGAAAUAUUAAUUGUGCUUAAUGAGCGCACCGAUGAUGAGAAUUGGAUGGAGGGUGUUAUUGAAGGUGAUCCCACACGUCGUGGCAUGUUUCCCGUAAGUUUCGUCCAUAUGUUACCCGAUUAAUAGUAAAAGUUACAAACUUAAGAUACAAUCCAAACAGAAACAAACUAAAUUAUUAAACUUUAUUAAGCUAAAGAAAGAGAAUGACAUAAAUUAUUAUUGUAUGUGUUGUAAAGGUAUUUAAAGACAUGCAAACAUCAAAGUAUACAAAUUUUUUAAUAAUAAUAAAAAAAAAAUGAUUUACUCAACAACAUUUUUAAUAGACAACAAACACACGACACAAUUUGUUCCGCUCCAAAAUUUUACUCCAGUAUAAAUAUUGUACGUAUAUUAGAUAAACAUAAGAAAAACAUUAAGAAUUUUAUAAAAACAAAUUUAAUAACCAAGAAGAAUAUGUUAUUGUUAGUUAAAAGCAAGAAAAAUAAAAUAUUAACAAUUGAUAAGGCAUUACUUUUUUCAUCGAAAGCAAAACAUUUUUAGGGCGAGUUUUUCUGAUAAAGAUAAUCUUCAUUCUUUGGUUAAAUCUGGUUUAAAAUAUGUUUCGUGUUUUUCAGUUAUCAGUAAAGUUAUUCAUUAUC